AUAAUGAAAUUCUUUAUCUUUCUUAACUGUGCAUUUAACUAUCAAGAACAUCACUAGAAAGAAAAUGUUUCUUUAACUGAUAUAUUUAAUGAUACGAAUUCUUGAAUGAAUACCCUUCAAAAUGUCAUAUUAAAAUUUUAGGUCUUUUUCAACAGGGGGCUUAGCGUUCCAAAAGAUCAUCAAGCCUAUCUUGAUUACUAAUUCUGUCAUUAUUGUCAUCUUGUUUGCCAUAUGUUUAUGAAUGUUCUGUUCCCAUCUCUGGAAUUUUAAAUACUGCAAUUUCAAAAUUACAAAGCAAGAUUUAAUCUCACUUCAGGGUAUACAGAGGAAAAAAGAAAAGCCUGAGGUAGCAUUAGAAUUCUGAUCAGCACACUCAUGAAGAUUUCUUUCAGGUUUAACUUAGGCAUUUUACAGUUUCCGCCCAUCCCACAUCUUGUCAUAAAUCAUAUAUCAGUUGAUAGGCCAAAUAGUACUUUUAGGCCUUCCCAGGCAUGAGACUUCUUGUGGUUAGAAAGUAAUUCAUUGGUUGUUGACCCUCUUAGCCUCUAUAUCUAUAUAAAAUAACAUUUGAAUGGCUGUCUUUUUAUUUACUAUUGGUCUUUUAUAUUUUCUAUGUAAUUUUUUAUAUUGAAAGCGUAUGCUGUGACCAUGUAUAUCGCAGCAGCAUUUCUUGCAGUUACGUGAGCAAAAAAUUGAGGAGAACCAGGUCUAGAAAGACUAUCUGUGAGCUCCUCGGUCUCCCUUUCCUGAAAUUCACAAGUUUGAUAAAAUCACUCACGGAGAAGAUUCCACAUGUUUUGUGAAUGGUUUUGCUUCUGCUGUCCUAAUACAGACUCUUUUAAAAGUGUAUCCACUGAUAAGAUUGGCAGUGAACUUUAUCUUUGGUAAAUGAUCAAUUUGAAAAUCACUUUUUUUAAAUUAGCACCGACUUUGUAUUUAGGAAGAAUUUUUUUUCCUACUCUGAGCUGUUGGAUGGCAGUAAGGUAAAUAACAGUCAAGCAGUGUUUUCUUGAAUACUCAGAGCCCAUGACUUUGUUCCUCUCUGUCUCAAAUAGAUGGUAGUUGUUACCAGCAUUCUCAGUACAUUUGCUUUUGUGUAAAUUUGUCUGAACAUGAGUCCUUUUUUUGAUGAACAGUAUUUUAUGUUUUUGGUUGUGUAUAAAGAGGUGUGUUGAUCGUGAUGCUGUUUGGGCCCUGGCCAUUAAUAAUUUAUAGAAGCUCAUUCCCCACUAUUAUGGUGCCCUCUUAUUUAUAAUGUUCCAGAAGAAUAAUUUUAAUCAUAUGUUAAAAAUUGUCCUUGCUUCUACAAUCCUGCAGUAAUCAGAACUCUAUAGCAUGACUUUCAAGUUCUAGAAUUUUAUCCCAAUUUUCCUUUCUAGCGUUUUCCUCACUCAGAAUAAUUUACAUGUAUUUCUCUGAUCAUACCUUAUUUAUUUCUAUCUCUGCUUGGAUAUCCUCUUUCCCCUUCUUAAGCUAUCUAACUUGUCCAGCUCAAAAGAAUUAACUGAUCUCUGUCCUUGUUAAUGCCAUUCAUUUGACACAGAGCCAUAAUAUGAGACGUAUGUGAUAUUUGUGUGUUCAUGUCCAAGAUGAGAUGUAACCUGGUAAGAAAAUCAGAAUUACUAUUUUUGUUGCAGACAUUUCUUGUUAAUGAACUUCCCUAAAGCUUCCGGUAUGUAGUUAAGAUGUUAGAGAAGAACUAUAGUAAUUGUUUUUUAUAUUCAGUGAAGAUAGUUUAAUUAACAUUUACUUAUUAGGAUAGUACUAUGAUGUGCAACAUUCACUUGGUUAGACAUUUAUGAAUAAAAGCUAUAUUAAAUGUUUUUUGUUAUGUAUAUAUUUGCAGAAAAAAUUUUCAUUUUGAACCGAAGUUAAAUUUUCAGUGGAUCUAGGCAUUUUGUAGGCUUGUAAUUCAUCAUGAAUUUUUUUAAGUCCAGUGAAUAUUUUGUUAACAUGGUCAGUAAAAGUAAUGACUAAUUUCACAGUAUCAGUUUCUUUUUUAGUAUCAUGAAAUUUGUAAAAAAAAUUUGAACAUUUAUUUAUAAUUGAGAUAUUUAGGAAUUUUAAAAUAUUAAAGUUAACUCUUCCAUCUAAAUGAUUUUUCUCCUUGCUUUGCGUUUUCAGGUGACUCAUUUUUGUUUACCCCAACUUCUUCCAUUGCUUAAACAUACUACGUCAUAUCUUCAUGAAGUCUUUGAAUUUUAUGAGGAAAUUCUUACAUGUCGAUACCCAUACUCCUGUUUUAAAACUGUGUUCAUCGAUGAGGCUUAUGUUGAAGUGGCUGCUUAUGCUUCCAUGAGCAUUUUUAGCACAAAUCUUUUACACAGUGCCAUGAUUAUAGAUGAGACACCUUUGACUAGAAGGUGUUUAGCCCAGUCCUUGGCCCAGCAGUUUUUUGGAUGUUUCAUAUCCAGAAUGUCUUGGUCUGAUGAAUGGGUGCUGAAGGGAAUUUCAGGCUAUAUUUAUGGACUUUGGAUGAAAAAAACUUUUGGUGUUAAUGAGUACCGCCACUGGAUUAAGGAGGAACUAGACAAAAUAGUGGCGUAUGAAUUGAAGACUGGUGGAGUUUUAUUGCAUCCCAUUUUUGGUGGAGGGAAAGAGAAGGAUAAUCCAGCAUCCCACCUACACUUUUCAAUAAAGCAUCCACAUACACUCUCCUGGGAAUAUUACACUAUGUUCCAGUGUAAAGCUCACCUUGUGAUGAGAUUGAUUGAAAAUAGGAUCAGUAUGGAAUUUAUGCUGCAAGUUUUCAAUAAACUGCUAAGUCUGGCUAGUACUGCUUCAUCUCAGAAGUUCCAGUCACAUAUGUGGAGUCAGAUGUUGGUUUCCACAUCUGGGUUUUUGAAGUCCAUCUCCAAUGUCUCUGGCAAAGACAUCCAGCCUUUAAUAAAGCAGUGGGUAGACCAGAGUGGAGUAGUAAAAUUUUAUGGAAGUUUUGCAUUUAAUAGAAAACGAAAUGUCUUGGAAUUGGAAAUAAAACAAGAUUAUACAUCUCCUGGAACUCAGAAAUAUGUGGGACCACUUAAAGUAACAGUGCAGGAGUUAGAUGGAUCCUUCAAUCAUACAUUGCAAAUUGAAGAAAACAGCCUUAAACAUGAUAUACCCUGCCAUUCCAAAAGCAGACGAAAUAAGAAGAAAAAGAUUCCGCUGAUGAAUGGAGAAGAAGUUGACAUGGAUCUUUCUGCAAUGGAUGCUGAUUCCCCGUUACUGUGGAUAAGGAUAGACCCAGAUAUGUCAGUACUGAGGAAGGUAGAAUUUGAACAAGCAGAUUUUAUGUGGCAGUACCAACUCCGCUAUGAGAGGGAUGUUGUUGCACAGCAGGAAUCCAUCUUAGCCUUGGAGAAGUUCCCUACUCCAGCCUCUCGGCUUGCACUCACUGACAUAUUAGACCAAGAACAGUGUUUCUACCGAGUAAGAAUGUCAGCUUGCUUCUGUCUUGCGAAGAUUGCAAAUUCCAUGGUGAGCACAUGGACAGGACCACCAGCUAUGAAGUCACUCUUCACUAGAAUGUUUUGUUGUAAAACUUGUCCAAACAUUGUGAAAACAAACAACUUUUUGAGCUUUCAAAGUUAUUUUCUACAGAAGACUAUGCCAGUUGCAAUGGCUUUGUUGAGAGAUGUUCAUAACCUCUGUCCCAAAGAAGUCUUAACGUUUAUUUUAGACUUAAUCAAGUAUAAUGAUAACAGAAAAAAUAAGUUUUCAGAUAACUAUUAUCGUGCAGAAAUGAUUGAUGCCCUUGCCAACUCUGUUACACCUGCAGUCAGUGUGAAUAAUGAAGUUAGAACUUUGGAUAACUUGAAUCCUGAUGUGCGACUCAUUCUUGAAGAGAUCACCAGGUUUUUGAAUAUGGAAAAACUUCUUCCAAGUUAUAGACAUACCAUCACUGUUAGUUGUUUGAGAGCCAUACGGGUGCUUCAGAAGAAUGGACAUGUGCCAAGCGAUCCAGCUCUUUUUAAGUCUUAUGCUGAAUAUGGCCAUUUUGUGGACAUUAGGAUAGCAGCUUUGGAAGCAGUUGUUGAUUAUACUAAAGUGGACAGGAGUUAUGAAGAACUACAGUGGCUACUUAAUAUGAUUCAGACUGAUCCUGUACCCUAUGUAAGGCAUAAGAUUUUAAACAUGUUGACUAAGAAUCCACCUUUUACUAAGAAUAUGGAAUCUCCUUUAUGCAAUGAAGCCCUGGUAGAUCAGCUUUGGAAACUUAUGAACUCUGGUACUUCACAUGACUGGAGGUUACGGUGUGGUGCUGUGGACUUGUACUUCACACUUUUUGGCCUCAGUAGACCUUCCUGCUUACCUUUGCCAGAGCUUGGGUUGGUUCUUAAUUUAAAGGAGAAAAAAGCUGUGUUGAAUCCUACCAUAAUUCCAGAGGCAGUAGCAGGCAACCAGGAAGUUGCGAGUAAUCCAAGCAGUCACCCACAGCUAGUUGGAUUUCAGAACACAGAAGAUGAUCACCUUGCCAAGGAAGCAUCAUGUAAUAUAUCAGCUCAUCAGCAGGGAGUGAAGAGGAAGGCUGAUACACCACUGGGGUCCCCACUAGAACCUGGUCAAAUACUGGAGAAGAAUGAGGAUAGCAGUAAAGUCAAACUCAAAAUCAGAUUCUCAAAUUCUCAAGAUGAGGAGGAAAUUGAUAUGGAUACUGUUCAUGAUAGCCAGGCUUUCAUUUCUCAUCAUUUGAACAUGCUGGAAAGGCCAUCAACUCCAGGGCUGUCUAAAUAUCGGCCAGCCAGUUCCCGGUCGGCUUUAGUGCCCCAGCACUCAUCAGGCUGCGAUGGCACACCCACCACAAAACCCCCGUGGAGUAUGGAGCUUGCACGUAAAGGAACAGGGAAAGAACAGUCACCCUUGGAGAUGAGUAUGCAUCCAGCAGUGGCACCUCCACUCUCAGUGUUUUCUAAGGAGUCUACCUCCUCCAAACACAGUGACCACCAUCACCACCAUCACCACGAGCACAAGAAAAAGAAGAAGAAGCACAAGCAUAAGCACAAGCACAAGCAUAAGCAUGACAGCAAAGAAAAGGACAAGGAGCCUUUUACUUACCACAGCCCCGCCAGUGGCAGGUCUAUUCGUUCCCCCUCCCUUUCAGACUGAGAAGGGGACAGAGAGACCUUUCCCUUAGUAUCCAGAAGAUUGUAUAUAAUGAAAGCUUUGUCCUCAUAAAGAAUGAUAAAAGGGAAGGAAAGGGGGAAAAAAAGUUGCCUCUCGUAUGAAAUUCAGAAUCCAUUUAAAUUCUGAACAUUUGAUUUACGUUAUUUAUACAAUUGAGAUCUAAUUGGGAAAAUGUGUUUUCUAGUUUGGCUAAACCAUUUUGUCCCUUGUUCUGUCUUUAAAACACACACACAC